AUGGGUCCAAGAAGAAGAGGACUAACAUACCACCAUAGUAAGGCGAAAGGACAACUUUCACAAGGACACUAUCCCAUAGCACCUAAUGAUGGGCAAAGAAGGAGGACCACUAAUCCUGAGGCAUUCCAAUCUUUUGACAUCUGGAAGAAUCUAGAUAAGAUAAGAUCAACUAGAAAGAAUGCAGUACACGUUAUGAAAAGUAGCCUGCUUGUGCUUCCCAUAAGAACGCAGGCCAAACAACAGUUCGAAGAGUGCAUGAAGGAAUUGCAUAAGUAUAUUUCUGAAGAUAUAUUACAGCUCUAUUCACGGGAAGAGAAGGAAGGUGAAGGCAAGCUUUUUUACGUAGUCUUGAAAGAGUUCAGUAUAUUGGAUUCUUGCUUCGUACUAUCAGUUCUGCUUGCCUUCCAGAAGCGUUUAUGGGUGGCACCAUCAGAAAAAUCUUACUUUAAAGUUUCUAAGAACAUCAACUUAACAGGUUCGUUUUAUCUGCCCAAAAAUAUAGAGAGGGGUAAAGGUCAUAUAAUAACAAGCUAUAGAAGAGAGUUGCCUACGUCUAGCAUUGUGGAAGUUGGGUUCAAUGUCAUUUCAAACUUCCAACAGUUUCACGUUCAGGCCUGUCACGUAAGUAAGUUUAUGAACGAACUUUCCGGUUUUUUCUCACAGAUAGAAUUUGGUAAAUAUGAGGGCAGUGCGAUAAAUCGCUUCCAGCGGGAAUAUAGCCGGAAUGACUCCCAGCUAUCUCUUGCCCUCUACGAACUCCCAUUAAUUGGCGAUGGCUUGUUUGAUAUGAAGUCAUAUAUCAGCAAAACUGAGCCGGUUAUAGAAGCAUCAAAAGCCCAAAUGGUUAAACAUAUUGUGGAACUGAAAGCAUAUAAUGAAAUGACUUGCACUGAAGGGGCUCAGCAUGCACAAGAACAAAAGCCUGUACUGAAUCCAUCCUCUUCAAAUGCGAGUUUCUCCUCUGGAAAUGUUCAAACAGUUUCAUACCAGCCGCAAUCGCAGAAGUAUAUUGAUAGCAAAUCAACAAAUCCAUUAAAUUCGUCUGGUCGUUAUUUCGCGCCCAACACCCAGAUGAACGGAAGAAAUACUGAAGGACAUAAACCAGGCUUUAUGACGCAAGAUGAAAUCAAGCAGCACUGCAUUGGCACUAUAAAGGCUUCUAUAGAUGCAGUGAAAAAGAAAUCCUCUUAUCAAAUCCUAAAAACCUAUGUAAGAUGCCCAAGACAGAACUACAUCGAUGUUGUUUAUCAGAAUUUAAAUGAUCUACGAUCAAAGACAAAUUGUAACAUUGUUGUGUUAAAUUUGAAUAAUCUUCACGAAUCGCAAUCGUGGCUUGAAUCUUUAACGAUAAAUAAUUAUUCCUCAUUUGCUCAGCCGCCUCAUCCAAGCACCGUUCGAGUUAUUAGCAUCGGAGGGGUCGGUGAGUAUAUACUCAAGGCUCUCGAAUUAGUACUAAAUAUACUGGAGCAAUAA